CAAAAUAGAAAAAAUAUUUGUUUAAACUGAUAUGUUGAAAAUAUAUUUAAAAUUCAAAAAUUCAAAAACAAAUUAUAUUUGGAUAUAGGUGUUCUAAAUAUCUGAAAAAUAUUCGUUAUCAUGGUUCAAGUUAUUAAUCGAACGGCUCAGCCUAGCAUGAUAGAUAUUCCGGUGACGUUCUAUUCCUACUUGAAGCUGAUUAUGCUUACUUCUGCCGCUUUUGGGCUAGAGUUUUGUGUUAGCGCGGGUUUCGUUUACAUACCAUCACUACUCAUGAAAACGGGCAUCGAAGGCUUUGAAAUGUCAUUCAUACUUAGUCUUGCCCCUCUUAUAGCCAUACUAACCAUGCCUUACAUAGCCAAAAUGGGUGAUGAAUAUCAAUCAAACAACAGAGGUCGUAAACCGGUUAUUAUAGCACUGAGUGUAGGAGUUUUAACUUCAUUGAUAUGUUUAGGGAGUUAUCGAGAAGUAGGUUCUAUUCUCCCUCCACAUUUUAGCUCCUCGAUAUCCAAAUUUAUCUUGAUUUUGGGAAUUUUUGGGCUUGAUUAUUGUACUCAAGUAUGUUUGAACCCUUUCGAGGCACUUUUAUCGGAUAUUUACAAAAAUACCAAAUGGGCUGAGUUGUCUUAUGCAAUUUAUUCAAGCAUGUUGGCUUUAGGAAGUUGCGUGGGUUACCUUAUAGUUGCCUUCGAAUGGAAUGCUUCUUACCUAGCACGAUAUUUUCCAAACCCCCAAGAAAACUCUAUAUUCUACUUUUUAGCCAUGUUAUUCGUAUUGAGUCUAUUAGCUACUUUGGUAUCAUUGAAAGAUGACGGGCGCAAUAAGAAUUGGAGACAGAAUUUUACUCCAUUUCAGCAAAAUAAAUAUACCGAAAAAGAAACAAUAAUUUUAACCGAUGACGAUGGAUAUGAAAGUAAUAAUUCGGAAUACAAUGAUUCGGAACUUUUAAUACUUGUAUUUGAAGAGAAUUCAUUCGUUAAAAAAUCAAAAUAUCCUUAUAAGGAUGACCCUAAAGUGGAGAUAAGGUUGCCAAAUGCAUAUAUACAAUUAAAAUCAAGCUCUAAUAAAGGCAUAUCAUUUAGAGAUAGAGAGUCACCCAAUCAGACGAUAUAUAAAAUAGUUUCCUAUUUUUAUUGCAGUCGUAUAAUGCAUUGGCCCACUAAAAAGGCAUUAAAAACAUUUCUAAAGUUGAGAGGAGCCGUAAGAUAUCUCAAUAUAUGGCUCAGGUGGCCUCUAGUUCUUAGACGUCUUUUUUUGGCACAUUUGUUUAUGUGGACAGCUUUGAUGAUCCAUAAUCUCUUCUAUGCGGAUUAUAUGGGCCGGUAUAUUUUUGAGGGUGACCCAAAGGUUGGAGAAGGUCUAGAAUUAAGAAAGUUUUACGAUCUAGGAGUGAGGUCAGCUAGUUGGGGUCUUCUAUGGCAUUCGUUAAUGGCCGCUAUUGUUUCUCCAUUACUAGAAAGAUUUAUAAUAAGUCAGGGAUGGAUGAGUAUAAAAAAGCUUUACAUCGUGAGCUUACUAGUUUUCGACUUCGCGAUGCUCUCGAUGAUCUUAUCACCCGUAAAAGGAGUCUUGCUGUGCAAUAUGGUGACCACGUUCACUGGUAUAACUUUAGCUGUCGUCAAUUCCGUACCUUUUAUUUUGCUGUCCAAAUAUCACACCAAUAAAACAAAAUACUACUUCAACCUAUCCAAUGAGAUACAGUCUGACAAACAAAGUCCACUCCUUGCGAUAAAUGGAAAUGAGGUACAUCAUGCAAAUUUACAUCAUGAUUUUAAUAACACCAAAAAAUCUUUUAAAACUUUGAAUCAGUCUUAUUCCGUUAAAAAUGACGUCAAAUAUGAUAAAGUUCGUUCUUUCGGUAUAGGUGCAGACAUAGCCGUAUUGGAUAUCGGUUAUUUUUUAGCGCAAAUUAUAGCGACUACCAUUAUAGGACAGAUAAUUAAAUUGUCAUCCGAUCCACGCUAUUACAUGAUAUCGGCUCUGGUUGUUUCUUCAUUAGGAUGCUACUUCGCAAAAAAUAUAAUCGCUUCCGAAUCAGAUCUAAAUUUAUAUCUCGAUUCGAUUUGA